UUUAAACUGCACAGGCGGAUCAUGCGCUCUGUAAAGUCAUCGGCAAACUGCUGGGGGUGAUAAAGGUUUCGUUGUUUCUGCGAACGGAUUUUCUUCAUUGUACUCGAAAAACAUGGAUUGUGGAAUAAUCACUUCCAAAUCUAUUCUGCUGCUCCUCAGUCUCAUAUUUUGGGCUGCAGGGGCAGUUCUUGCCUAUGUAGGUUCCUAUGUAUUCACAAGCUAUAAAAAUUAUGAUCACUUUCUAGAGGAUAAGUACACUUUAUUACCAGCUGUGGUCAUCUUGGGAGUUGCGGUGGUGAUGUUCAUCAUUGGAAUUAUUGGCUGCAUUGCCACGUUAAAGGAGUCCACCUUUGGCCUGGGAUUUUUUUUUGUCAUCGUUUUCAUCAUCUUUGCUGCUGAAGUUGCUGCCUUUGUACUUGGAAUAGUUUACAGGGGAAAAGUGAAAGAUGACAUUGAGAAGUCCAUGACAGAAGUGUUCAACAAGUAUGAUGGCCAAAAUCCAGAAAGCCGUGCUGUAGAUUACUUGCAAGAGCAGGUCCAGUGCUGUGGAAUAUAUAACUACACUGACUGGCUGUCACUGCCAUGGCAUAAUGGCACCAGAAAUAAUACUGUGCCCCUAACCUGCUGUAAACACAAUGUUGCCAAUUGCACUGGAAGACUGGAUCAGCCAGAUGAUUUGUAUACUGAGGGCUGCGAGUCAAAAUUGGAACAUCUUUUACAAGAUGUUCUGAGUUAUGCAAUGCUGGUGAUCUUGGGAUUUGCCAUUGUCAAGUUUUUCGGCAUGCUGAGUGUUUGUGUCAUUAUGUGUCGGGGAAGACGACGAGAUGACUACCAGCCUUUAUAUGGAACAUAUGCUUAAUAAUUUUAAUAGCUUUCUUCAUGUGAAAUUUUGUCCUCCAACUCUUCUUUUUU